CCGCAGGGCUGCGGCCGCCGGCAGGGAGGGAGGCGGCGGAAGAUGGCGGCGGCGGCGGCCGCGGCGCUGCGGGCCUGGUUUUGGAACGAGCGGUUCUGGUUGCCGCACAACGUGACGUGGGCGGACUUAGCCGGGGAGCCAGGCCCGCCGGGCAGCGGGCUGCAGUACCCGCGGGCGGGCCACGUCCUCUCCGCCUUUCCCCUGGCGCUCGGCAUCUUCGCCGUGCGGCUGCUCUUCGAGAGGUUUAUUGCCAAGCCUUGUGCCAUCAGCCUUGGCAUUCAGGACAGUGGCCCACACCGAGCCCAGCCCAAUGCAAUCCUAGAGAAAGUGUUUACAGCCAUCACCAAGGCUCCAGAUGGAAGGAGGUUGGAAGGUUUGUCCAAGCAGCUGGACUGGGACAUGCGGAAGAUCCAGCGCUGGUUUCGGCACCGCAGGAACCAGGACAAGCCCAGCACCCUCAGGAAGUUCUGUGAGAGCAUGUGGAGAUUCACUUUUUAUUUCAGUAUAUUCUUUUAUGGCAUCAGGUUUCUCUGGACGGCUCCCUGGUUCUGGGACACACGACAGUGCUGGCACAAUUACCCCUUCCAGCCUCUCACAUCCAGGCUUUAUUAUUACUACAUCUUGGAGCUGGCCUUCUACUGGUCUCUGAUGUUCUCUCAGUUUACAGACAUUAAAAGGAAGGACUUCCUGAUUAUGUUUGUCCAUCACUUGGCUACCAUUGGCCUCAUCACCUUCUCCUACAUGAACAACAUGGUGCGGGUUGGGACUCUGGUGCUGUGCCUGCAUGAUGCAUCAGAUUUCCUUCUAGAGGCUGCAAAGCUUGCCAAUUAUGCCAAGUACCAACGGCUCUGUGAUGCUUUCUUCAUGCUCUUUGGGGUUGUGUUCAUUGUGACACGCUUGGGCAUUUAUCCUUUCUGGAUUUUGAAUACAACCCUGUUUGAGAGCUGGGAACUGAUUGGUCCUUACCCUUCCUGGUGGCUCUUCAAUGGGCUCUUGGUGACCUUGCAGGUCUUGCACAUCAUCUGGUCCUAUCUCAUCGUCCGCACUGCCUACAAGGCCCUCGUGCGGGGCAAGGUAUCCAAAGAUGACCGCAGUGAUGUGGAGAGCAGCUCAGAAGAGGAGGAUGUGACCUGCAGCAGCACCAAAGCAGCUCUCAGCACUUCCAGCAACGGCUCCAACCGCAUCAACGGCCACGUGGCUGCUGCCCAGUGGACAGAGGAGGAGUAGAGAGCCCUGGGCUGGCCUUGAGCAAACACAGACUUCUCUUUAAAUAUCUCCAUGUGUUGAGCUCCACAUUCCCAAGUGAUCUUUAAAUCAAGAUACCCCUUCCCCAGAAACCUCCAGCGAAUCUGAAAUGGGCACAGUCCAGACCAGUCAGAGGCUUUGCACAACAGGAGGGAGAAAGCCAACGACUUGGGGUAGAGAUGAAGCUGCAGGGAUGAGAUGAAGCUGCAGGGAUGAGAUGAAGCUGCAGGGAUGAGAUGAAGCUGCAGGGAUGAGAUGAAGCUGCAGGGAUGAGAUGAAGCUGCAGGGUAGAAAUGAGGCUGCAGGGUAGAAA